GUCGAAUUAGGGUUUUACACAUUCGUUCAGCUCGUAGAUUCAGACGCUAUUCUCUGCAACAAUGGGGAAGACACAUGGUAUGGGAGCUGGGCGCAAGCUCAAGUCUCACCGCAGAACGCAGCGUUGGGCUGACAAGUCGUACAAGAAAUCUCAUCUUGGUAAUGAAUGGAAGAAGCCAUUUGCUGGAUCAUCUCAUGCUAAGGGCAUUGUGCUUGAGAAGAUAGGCAUUGAAGCUAAGCAGCCGAAUUCUGCCAUCCGUAAAUGUGCUAGAGUCCAGCUCAUUAAGAACGGAAAGAAGAUUGCCGCCUUUGUCCCCAAUGAUGGUUGCUUGAACUACAUCGAAGAAAAUGAUGAAGUAUUGAUUGCUGGAUUUGGACGUAAAGGUCAUGCCGUGGGAGAUAUUCCCGGUGUUCGAUUUAAGGUGGUGAAAGUGUCGGGAGUUUCCCUCCUAGCCCUCUUCAAGGAGAAGAAGGAGAAGCCUAGGUCUUAAGCCAUUUUGCUCAUUAAGUUUUGAUAAAAAUGUUUGAAAUUUUUGUUUGCUCAUCUUUUCUUUAUUUGUAAUUAACUAUACAAUGUUACUAGUAAGAUUUAAUUGAUUUCGUAUUAUUAGUUUGGACUAA